CCUGUGACUAAUGCCUGUCAUAUGACUGUGACAUCCAUGGAGACAGUUACAAGGAACAAGAUUCUCUCUUGCCUGUGAAAAGACAAAGAGACUUUCUGUACCGAUUUUAUGUUGGUACAAAAUGCCUCCGACUCUCUUCCAGAAACUUUUCAACAAAAGAAAUGCCCUUUCGUCGCCGCCUCCCAGAUGUAGCAAAGAUGAGCCAGCUUUCAGUUGGCCCCUGCCCCAGCUGGAGCCCGGUCAGAUCAGGCUUAUAGUUUAUCAGGACUGUGAACGGCGUGGUCGAAAUGUCCUCUUUGACUCCAGUGCCAAAAGGAAGGGCACAGAGGAAAAUCCCAUCAGUAGCACCCAGGGCCAGGUGAAGAUGUUUGGGAAAUGCUGCCAGCUCCGUCCAACAGGUGGCAGCAGCAGUUCCCUGGACAGCUCUUCCUCUUGCACCUCUGAUAACAGGGACACCAAAGAGCAUGGUCUCCGAUACCAGGGUUCCAGGUGUUCCUCCGACGUGGUCAUGUUGGGUGAGAUGAUGUUUGGCUCUGUGGCCAUGAGCUACAAAGGCUCCACAUUAAAGAUUCACCAGAUCAGAUCACCACCUCAGCUGAUGCUGAGUAAGGUCUUCACGGCCAGGACUGGAGGCAGUGUGUACGGUAGCCUCAACACGUUACAGGACAGCCUGGAGUUCAUUGGACAGGACAGCAACACACCGAAGCCAGAUCACAACUCUGGGGCCAACAGUCUCUUAGGGAACAUAGGAUUUUCUCAGCUCUGCAGCCCUCGCCGGGCCUUCUCUGAACAGGGCCCUCUGCGCCUCAUCAAAAGCGCGUCUUUCUUUUCAGGACGCAGUCACCCCAUGGACAUGCCUGGCCGUGGACCGUACGAUGAGCGGGACAGCGGCAUCGCCAGAUCAGCGUCUCUCAGCAGCCUGUUGAUCACUCCCUUCCCGUCUCCCGGCUCCUCCCAACCCAGCAGCUGUGCGUCCAGUUACCAGCGCAGAUGGCUGCGCAGCCAAACCACCAGCCUGGAGAACGGUGUUUUUCCUCGAUGGUCGGUAGAAGAGAGUUUCAACAUGUCCGAUGAAAGUGGGGCGCCGAGCUUGGGUGUAGCCCGGAAAAAGAAGAUCGCCAUCGGGGUCAUCUUCACGUUGUCGCUCAAUCCAGAGGAAAACAACCGCUUCCAGGAGUUCUUCUUCUCCCACUUUCCUCUCUUUGAAAGCCACAUGAACAAACUCAAGAGCGCUAUUGAACAGGCCAUGAAGAUGAGUCGACGGUCAGCUGAUACCAGCCAGCGGGCCUUGGCCUACAGCCGAAUGGUGGACGGACUUAAUGAGUUCAGGAUGACCAUCUGUGACCUCUACACCAUGCCUCGAGUGGCUGAGCCUGUCUGGUUGACUAUGAUGUCUGGCGUGUCAGAGAAGAACCAGCUCUGCGGUCAGUUCAUGAGGGAGCUUUCACUUCUGAUGGAGCAGGCCUCCAAGAACCAAUUUCUUCCCGCCUUAUUGACCGCCAUCUUGACUAAUCACUUGGCGUGGGUCCCCACUGUCAUGCCCAAUGGACAGCCCCCGAUCAAGAUUUUCCUGGAGAAACACUCCUCUCAGAGUGUUGACAUGUUGGCGAAGACGCACCCUUACAAUCCGCUGUGGGCGCAGCUAGGUGACCUGUAUGGCGCUAUUGGUUCACCGGUGCGGCUUUCGAGGACGGUGGUGGUCGGCCGUAGACAAGAGCUGGUCCAGAGACUUCUCUAUGUCCUCACCUACUUCAUCCGCUGCUCGGAGUUGCUGGAGACACACAUGCUGGACACGGCUGAGGACGAGGCCAUCGUCAUGCCCGGCUCCCUCAUCACAACCUCUCUGAGGAAAGGAGAGGUGGAGGAGUCGGACUACGUCUUAGUCACUGUCCACAAACCCACGGGGGACUACUUGUCCCAAGGCGCAGACGGUGGUCAGAACGAGGCAGAGGACAGCAGCUGUCCGUCGCAUAACAGCCUCCAGAGCAGCACAUAUACAGACAGUGAGGUGGGCAACGGUGUUGAAGAUGCACCAAAAGAGGAGGAAGAUGAGGAGGAGGAGGAGGAGGAAGAAGAGGAGGAAGAGGACAGCAGUGAGAGUCAAGGGUCAAGGAGCAGUGUCCUUCAGACAGGUCACAGUCAGGAUACAACCACUGCAUUAAGGACUACAGAAGACGAACCUCAGGAGCUGCGCGUAGAGUCCAGCAGCCCUGUAGGUGCAGAGCCUCGACUGGAGACUGUGCUGCCUGUCGGCUCCGCCUCCUCCUCCAGGGAUAUCCUCCAGAUAUGUGCGGAUACAGAGACCAGGGCUGAGCUAAAGCUAAUCGUCCCAUCAAUACCCGCAGCUCUUGCGAGUCCAACCCAAACACCCCCUACGGAGCGCAGGUGCUCUGGGAACCCUGCCACCAAAAUGCCUAUUCCUUGGCCUUCAGGAAUCCCUACAGAGAAGAAGCCUCCAGAUAGAAACGCGGCUGCAACCAUACCCGUGCCGGUGGUACCCGGAAACAAGGUGGGCUUUAGCCUAACCGAAGGGGAACCAACCACAAAAGUCACUUUCCUCAUCGGAGUCUCCAUGUCUCCUGAGUCAGACACGGAGAGCUGCAGACGGAGGAUGGAGGACGAGAUACGGAAACACAAGAAACACCUCGCUCACUCCAAGGCCAGCAGCAGCGGUGCGACGGAGGACCAAAGCAAACAGACGAAGGCCGCUUCAGCCCUGCAGCGGGUGUCCAGUCAGAUGCCCAAGUGGAACCCAAGCUGCAUGGAUGAUUUUGACGAGUACUUCAGCCCGGAGAACCCCGUGGAGACGAGGACGAUAGACGAUGUGGCCAAACAUCAGGAGGCCAGGACAUUAGACAGCACGCACAAAGACUUGUUGGAUCCUUCAGGAAUCCCACAGUGUGGUCAGUUUACAGGUCACAGCUCCCAGAAUGCCGUCAAGACUCAGGGUCUGGGACUCUGUUUAGGUUCGGACGGCACACAGGCUGGGUUUAGCAGGAAGGGAGACGCUCUGUUGGAUGUGCAGAGAAGGUGCAGGUGUGGGUCUACAGACUCCUCUGAAGCGUGCUGCUGUAGGGGCUGUUCUGCUGAGCAGGACAAGGCUCUUAUGUUGUCAGUCCCUGUUCUGCCGGAUGGAAGUGGCAACAGCAGAGAGGACCAAAAACACAAAGUGGUUCCUGUCAAUGACUGGGAGAUACCGCGCAACGAGAGUUCGGACAGUGCACUGGGAGACAGCGAGAGUGAGGAGACGGAAGACUGGCAGGAGGAGGUGCUGCUGCCCUUCCCUGGGUCAAAGUUGGUGGAAAACUACUCCAAGCCAAGCAUAGCCAACUUUGGCAGAUCUCUGUUUGGAGGCUACUGCCCCACCUAUGUGCCAGACUUUGUACUGCAUGGGAUGCCCAGUGAUGAAAAGCUUCGACAAAGCCUCAUGUCUGAGUUAGGUCACGCUGUUCAGCAUUCAGUAUUGGAUGAGCCCAUAGCCGAGGCCGUCUGCAUUAUAGCAGACACAGACAAAUGGACAGUCCAGGUGGCCAGCAGUCAGAGACGACCAACCGACAUCAACAAGCUGGGAAAAGAGGUCUUGGUGUCCAACCUGGUCUCCAGCCUUCUACAGUCCACGCACCAGCUCUACAAACUCAACCUGUCACCAAACUUUUGCAUCAUGCACCUUGAAGAUCGACUGCAGGAAAUUUACUUCAAGAGUAAGAUGCUGGCAGAGUAUUUAAAGGGUCAGACAAGAGUCCACGUAAAAGAACUGGGCAUGGUUUUAGGAAUCGAGUCCGGCGACCUCCCCCUGUUGGCUGCUGUGGCCAGCACUCACUCCCCCUAUGUGGCUCAGAUCCUACUGUGACACAGCAAAGACACCAAGGUCUGCAGGCAGCCUGAAGGAAAUCAAUCAGACAUGAGUACUGAUGACACUCUGGUUCAAAGACACUGGGUCAGAGGUCAGCAGCCAUACCCCCACCCCUGAUCCCGGUGAGGUUCUGUCUCUCACGACGCCAGGGCUCAGAGGGAUCUUUGCCCUGUGCUUGAGCUGUGUCCGUCUCUGUGGACCACAGCUAACGGCUCCUCUACCUACUAGCACUGCUGUUGAAACUGGAGCAAUACUGAUGUUGCACCACAUCCGGGGAUGAGGCUGUCAUAUGAAAGGGAACUCUGACGAUGAAGGGAACAUCCUGACAUGACCUUCUCCCGUACUUUUUCAAUUUUUCUUUUUUUUUUUUAAACUAAGAUUUAAAGGGACUCACUUUUUGAAAACAAAAGCCAAAGACUUUUAUUUUUCAUUUUCCCAGUGGAAAAAAGGUGAAAUGAAAUUUACGUGACCUGACGUUAACAACAAGUUGCAUUUUCUGCUCUUUUACUGUACAAUCGUAAACUCACUGGUGAUAAGUCAGUUCAAGGACAAGAGCCUUUUUUUAGACUUUACUUGGAGGUAAAUAUCACUGAGCACAUUUUUCAAUCCUUACUCCUAUUUUGUCGUUCCUUUUUGUUUUUUGUUUACAUGCUUAAUUUCCCUAAGAUUUUUUUUUUAACAUACCUGCCAGUUAGAUAUAAUUUGCCAAAUUUCACUGCAUCUUUGAUUUUAAUACCAGUUUUAGAGAGGAGGUUAACACCACCAGUGGUUUUGACGUCUGUUAUCAUAGGAUCAGCUCUACCUCAGAUCUUCAUAUGGGCUGUGAUUGAGUACGAAACCACCAGGAAAUACUUUUUAAACUUUUUAAAUCAGUCAUGUCGGAGAGAAAAAAAAAACUGUGUAAACUGGAUGCUGUGUUCUUUAAGAAAGGGAAAAGCUGUUUCAUUCUUUAGGAUGAUCCUAUAUAAGAAAAAAGAAAAAAAAUUACACAUCAAAAUGCAAAUAAGAUGGUUCCCUUUCUACUGUGGGUUAGCAACAAUGCACCAUCUUUGCAUAUUUUAGAACUAAAUGCUGAGAUAUUUUCACACUUUCACACUAGCUCUGCCACCUUUUGUAUGAUGUUUACAGCUGCUCCGCGAAGAAAGGCAGACGUAGCGCAGCAGGCCUUGUAGUUUGUACGUUCGUAUCAGUUAUUGCGAUUUCAGUCAAAAGCAACGUCUUUGUUGUUUUUUUCCCCCUUUAUAAACCCAGUUUGUAUUAGAGAGAACGAGACACUUUGCUUGUUUUGAGUUCAAAGAAGCAUUAUUUUUGUUUUUCUCAGACGGAUUUAUUUGUCAAACGUUGACAGCGUGGAAGAUCCAUUCAUCAGUCCUGCGUUUGGUGGCAGAACAAAUAGAGUAAAACCUGUCCCCGUGAGCGAGUGCAUCAUUUAUGAAGACGGAGCGGAAGUGCCGAGUUUCAGUAGUACACACAUCCAUAUUCUACUUUACCUCUGUGCUGCAUAUUGCCUCCAUUGCAGAGGAAGUACAGAGAGAGAGAGAGAUAUUUUUUUUACCAAGUGUGUAGCUUUAUAUAAUUUGAAACUUUACCAUUAAGUUCACAAAUCUCUAUAUGUCCUACUUAAAAAUUAGAUUGUGGCUCAGGCGUGUCAUUUGGUAGCAAAGUUUGCUGAUGGUCUAUAAGUCAAACUGUACACUGACUGAGAAUCAGUCACUAGAAAAUACCGGAAUUCCUGGUAGUGCAAUGCAGAGAAAUAUGAACAGUGAUUGUCUUUAUUUUUAUAGCUAAGUCGCAUCCGGAUAUUAUAACGUAAGUCUUAACGGAGAAGUGACAUGGAGUCAUUGCAGGCUUCUGGAGAGCUUGUUUUGCUGGUAUAAUUGAUAGAUAAAUAUAUAUAUACACACACACACACACACACACACACACACACACAGUACAUGCUUGUUACUGCAUUGGAGAUGCUCGCCAAUAUCAGUCUGCAUUUUUGUACAAACCAGCCAUUAUGUUUAAAAAGGUAUACAUUUAUAUCUGCUUUUCCUUUGUACACAAAUAAAUUAUUUAGUUCCUCCUGUUAUGUUUAACGGUUUGCGUAAACUGUACAUAAACUCAGUUCAUUUCCAUGUAUUUGUACAGAAUGUCUUUAAAGUCUGCUCAAAUUAUUUUCCCAAUUUUCUGGGAAUGUUGUGCAAUAAAAAUGCCCAUGUUGAGAA